CGAUACAUCACUGUCAGCUGAAACCCGAACGCGUUCGGACACGACACGGGAAUGUUGCUCGAUCAGUCAGCGUACCGCCUUGAAGCCGAGUCCUUUAAGUGUUUGUGAAACAUAUUGACCACAUUCACUUUAUCGAAGUGGAAAUUAACGUGCCACGCACCUCGCACCCCUCUAUCUUCUUCUCACUCCGCCCACGAGCCGUCAGUUUAUAGAAGGAAGCGUUGAGACAAGAGCAGGAGCUCGCGUGUCAGCUAAUCACAGUGAAGAUGGCAGAGGGAAAACUGAGUGCCAACAUUGGGGGUAACAUUGGCGCGGGUGCUGGCAUCCUAGCCAAACGCUUUCAGAAAUCAAUGAAUCGAGCUCAGGAGAAGGUCAUGCAAAAGUUAGGGAAAACAAUGGAGACGAGAGAUGAACAGUUUGCGGAGUGCUGUGCCAACCUGAACAGACAACAGACUGAUGGAGUCAGGCUCUAUAAGGAUGUGAAGUCCUACUUCAAUGCAGUUAAAGUGAUGCAUGAGACGUCCAAACGCCUGUCCCAAACACUUAAUGAUAUAUAUGAAUCAGACUGGGACGGCAUAGAGAACCUUACUUCCAUUACAGAUAAUGAGGAUCUUCUGUGGAAUGACUAUGAAGAAAAGCUGAGCGAUCAAGUUGUUAGGACAAUGGAGAAUUACACCGGACAGUUCCCAGAAGUCAAAGAACGAGUGGCAAAACGAGGAAGGAAACUGGUAGAUUAUGAUUCAGCUCGCCAUCAUCUGGACGCCCUACAGAACGCCAAGAAGAAAGAUGAGGCCAAAGUAGCCAAGGCAGAGGAGGAGUUCAAUAAAGCCCAGGAGGUAUUUGAAGACAUCAACAAUGAGUUAAGAGAGGAACUGCCUGUUCUUUAUCAGAGCCGUAUAAGCUGUUACGUCACAAUGUUCCAGAACAUCUCAAACCUGCGGGACGUCUUUUACAAGGAAAUGAGUGUGCUGAAUCGGGACCUUUACGAUAUGAUGAAGAAGCUUGAGAAUCAACACUCCACCAAACCCUUCAUCGCCAAACCCCUAAGCAGCUCAAAAUCUAAGAAGAGAAAAUCUGUGACCAUUUCUGCUCCCAUCCCGUGUAACACUGCCUUCCCUUCCGAUCAUCCGGCCUCGAGCAAGCUCAGCUUGCCCGACACGCUCACUCGCACGGACACGUGCUCGGACACUCCAUCAAAAAGCACGGGUAGCACAGCAUCUGAAAUAUCAGACUCUGAGUCGAACUCCUUUGACAGCGACACACCCAAACGUCUGUCUUUGUGCUCCGAAGGAGAAGCGGUCCGAUCCGAGUCAGCACCUGAAAACGCGACUGACGAGACAGUGCACGAAAACGGCCAGGAUCAUUCGAUUCAAAGUUCGGUUUCUAGUGAGCAAGGUGAAGAAGACGAAAAUAAAUCUGCAGCAUCUUCUGAAGAUCCUCAUGUGCCAGACGACACAUCUACAGAUGCAAACUGUGAGUCUAAGAUCUUAUUGGCCGAUGAAGACAAAUCUGCUCCGGUCCCUGCUCCUCGACGACCCAGCACCUCCAAGAGCACUGAAGGGGACAAGAAGGAAAAUACGGGAGGGAGUGAGGGUGAAAAGAAAGUUGUGAAGGGACAAAAAGCUGACUACGAAAACCCUCCCGGCUUCCUCUACAAGGCUGUGGCUCUUGAGAGUCAGGAUUCAGAUGAAGGUUUGCUUCUGCAGUUUGAAAAGGGAGAUGUGAUCCUUAUAUAUGUUGAUGAUGAUGAAGACAAGCCGGACGGCACUGUCUGGGGUGUGGGGGAGCAAGACUGGAUCCAGUACAAGGACCUUACGCUUCUCUCUGGCGUUGUUCAAGAGACCAUGAUCAAGGAAAUCUCUUCUGAUUAACCCAUGUCAUCCUGGGACGCAGGAUGGCAUCAUAUGAACCAGAGGUACCUGAAUUGGCUGUCUGGGUGCCUUGGAUGUUGUAAUAUGAACUCUGUCUGCCCCUUGUAGACUUCUGUAGCAUACAGUGCCUUUACAACUUCCUGUUGCACACGCUUCAAUUUUCUUAUUGUUAUUGAUUUCAGUCUUUUAUAGAUCUUAAUAUUGAUCUUAAUAUUGAUCAUUGCAUUUGUGUGGUUUGUGCGUUGCAUGUGAAUCUUCACUGUUUAAUGUGCUUUAAAGUUUUGUAUCAGGAGGAAUGGGACAUGAGUGUGCCUAUAUUAUACAAAAAAUAAAAUAUAUUUUAAAUUUAAAUGUUUUCAAAACAAAUAAGUAUUAAUGCAUUUUCUGGUGUUUUGUUGAACUGAUAUCUAUUCUAGCAGUAGCAUUUCCAUGCAUUUCUUAAAUGUAUAAUGUUGUGUAUGUUGUUUCUCAUCGAAAUUACAGUGUUAAAGAUUUAUGCUCAUUAAGAGACUACCAACUUUUUACUACCAAAUGUCUACAGGACCAAACAUUUGUGAAUAGACAUGUUAUGACUGUGAAGCAGAUUUCUUAUAUGUACCAAUCAGAGAAUAUAUAUGUUUUUCAAGAAUAAAGUUGACAGCUGAAUAUA